AUGCCCACUGGAGAGCCUGAUCCACCUGAUGGCGUGAGAAAUGGCCUCUCUAUGUUGGGCGUUUUACAACGCCUUAGCGAGAACUACGCCGUGCCCAUCGCUCAGCCGCCACCUCGUGAGCCGUCACCAGAAUGUGUGGUAGGAACGGUCUAUCCGUUCGAGCCGCCAGACUCACCCACAGCGUGGGAGCCACAUCCUGACAUAGAAUUAGUUCCCGGAGGUGGCGAGGGCUCGUCAAAGCCGCCUACAGCUUUGCCUUCAACGGUCAGCACCGCGCCCGUCAAGCGACCGCGUGUGGGAGUUACGUACAAGCAGCAGACGCUCUGGGGCGCCCCUCCUCCCCGAAACGCUACUUCCCACAAGCGCCCUGCUCCUUCGGCCGAUUCGAAGCCACCCACCGCUCUGGCGGAUGCUGAGUAUGAAUCGGUGAAGAAGACGUUUGAGGGUCAGUGGGCAGGUAGCUUCAAGUGGUUACGUUUGCUCCGCAUGUCUAACGGUCGUCCGUCUUUGAAGUGUGCGAUUUGUGUGAAGCAUGGAGAUCCACUAGCGCACACCGCGUACGGGGCGAAGGGUGAGGGUGCUCGGGAUCUCCAGAUCGGCAACAUCCGCACUCACACCUCCUCCCGUGCACACAAGCAGUCGUUGGAGAAUCAGGAGAAGGCGGAGGCGGAGAAGGCGAAGCAGGCCACAAUCACACGAUGGCAGACCAGGGACGCUUCCACUCGUCACAUCAUUCGGCUCCUCCACAUCGCGCACUUUGUCUGCAAGGCCGACGCACCCAUAGCGAUGUUCGUCCCGCUGUGUUGGUUUCUGGCGAAGGAGGGGUUACCAGACCUUCCUCCCGCUGGCGGCUAUGGCGCGUACUACAUAGACGGGGAUAAAAUGCAGCUUCCCGAGUUCAUUCAGAGGCACGAGGCAAAGGAUAAGCGCGAGAUGAAGGCGGAGGGUGUAGACGGGGACGGGAAUCCCGUCACGUUUGAGUUCACGCUGCACGAGCGCCCGCUGCCAGGACAUGAAACGGAUGGCGAUGUCACGGCGUGCGUCGAGCUGUCGAUUAAGUAUGUGCGCGCCAUCGAUGCCGAGCUGGAGUGGCGGAUGCGAGACCUGGAGCUGCUGGAAGGUUCGAAGCUGUUUCGCACAGCGUCAUACGUGUCCGACGACACGAAGCGACUUGAAACCUUCAAGAAGUGGCUCGGCCAGCUGCACAAGUUGUACCACCACAAGCUGCCAGGUAAGCCUUGUGCAGCGAUUGCACAUGUUAUGAUGUGUGUUGUCGCAACGAUGUCUGACAUGAGGGUGACCAAUGCACUUACUGCAUAUUGUUGCUUGUUGGACUAA